GAAUCGGCAGGUUACGAGGUACAACCACAGGAAAUAGCCGAUAUUUGUCCUUUUGUAACCUACAAAAAUGUCAAUUUCGAUACCUCCAGCCGAUUCCCCUGCACCUUAAAGUUUGGGCAUCGCUGCUUUGGCGUUUUAGAGUCCUUGGGCUUAUUCGGAAGAGGAAGAGGGAGAAGAGGAGACUCCAAGGGGGCCUUUACAGUGGAUACCUCUUUGACUCGGAGCCUUUGACGCGGAAAGGCAAGGAGGCUGCUACAACUCAUGUAAAAAGCAGAAAAUAAAAUGAAGAUUUUUCAGUGCAAGAUGCGGUACUGGCUGCUUCCGCCUUUUUUGGCAAUUGUUUAUUUCUGUACUAUCGUCCAGGGUCAAGUGGCUCCACCCACAAGGUUAAGAUAUAAUGUAAUAUCUCAUGACAGUAUACAGAUUUCAUGGAAGGCUCCAAGAGGGAAAUUUGGUGGUUACAAACUUCUUGUGACUCCAGCUUCAGGUGGAAAAACGAAUCAGCUGAAUCUCCAGAACACUGCAACUAAAGCAAUUAUUCAAGGUCUUAUGCCAGACCAGAAUUAUACAGUUCAAAUUAUUGCAUACAAUAAAGAUAAAGAAAGCAAGCCAGCUCAAGGCCAAUUCAGAAUUAAAGAUUUAGAAAAAAGAAAGGAACCAAAGCCCAGAGUCAAAGCUGUGGACAGAGGAAAUGGGAGUAAACCAUCUUCACCAGAAGAAGUGAAAUUUGUCUGUCAAACUCCUGCGAUUGCUGACAUUGUAAUACUGGUCGAUGGUUCAUGGAGCAUUGGAAGAUUCAACUUCAGACUGGUUCGGCUUUUCUUGGAAAACCUGGUUACAGCAUUUGAUGUGGGCUCAGAGAAAACACGAAUUGGUCUUGCACAGUAUAGUGGUGACCCCAGAAUAGAAUGGCACUUGAAUGCAUUUAACACAAAAGAUGAGGUGAUUGAAGCGGUCCGAAACCUCCCAUAUAAAGGAGGAAAUACACUAACAGGUCUUGCUUUGAACUACAUUUUUGAAAAUAGCUUCAAACCAGAAGCAGGAUCCAGGACUGGAGUAUCCAAAAUUGGCAUUUUAAUCACAGAUGGAAAAUCCCAAGAUGACAUUAUUCCACCAUCUAGAAACCUUCGUGAGUCUGGUGUAGAACUGUUUGCCAUAGGGGUGAAAAACGCGGAUGUGAAUGAACUGCAGGAGAUCGCCUCUGAACCAGACAGCACUCAUGUGUACAAUGUUGCUGAAUUUGACCUGAUGCACACAGUUGUGGAGAGCCUGACGAGGACCGUCUGCUCUAGAGUGGAAGAACAGGACAGAGAAAUUAAAGCCUCAGCCCAUGCCAUCAUUGGGCCGCCUACAGAGUUGAUUACUUCUGAAGUCACUGCCAGAAGCUUUAUGGUUAACUGGACUCACGCCCCAGGAAAUGUGGAAAAAUACAGAGUUGUGUAUUAUCCUACCAGGGGUGGAAAACCAGACGAGGUGGUGGUAGAUGGAAGUGUAUCUUCCACGGUGUUGAAAAGCUUGAUGUCUCUAACUGAAUAUCAGAUAGCAGUCUUUGCAAUAUAUGCCCACACUGCUAGUGAAGGCCUACGGGGAACUGAAACUACACUUGCUUUACCCAUGGCUUCCGACCUUCUACUGUAUGAUGUGACUGAGAACAGCAUGCGAGUCAGAUGGGAUGCCGUGCCUGGAGCCUCGGGUUACCUGAUUCUUUAUGCUCCUCUAACAGAGGGUCUGGCUGGGGAUGAAAAAGAGAUGAAAAUUGGAGAGACCCACACGGAUAUUGAAUUGAGUGGGUUGUUGCCCAAUACAGAAUACACAGUCACAGUUUAUGCCAUGUUUGGAGAAGAGGCCAGCGAUCCUGUUACGGGACAAGAAACAACACUGGCUUUAAGUCCACCAAGAAACCUGAGAAUCUCCAAUGUUGGCUCUAACAGUGCUCGAAUAACCUGGGACCCCACUUCAAGACAGAUCAAUGGUUAUCGAAUCGUAUACAACAAUGCAGAUGGGACUGAAAUCAAUGAGGUUGAAGUUGAUCCUAUUACUACAUUCCCUCUGAAAGGCUUGACACCUCUCACUGAGUAUACUGUUGCUAUUUUCUCCAUCUAUGAUGAAGGACAGUCAGAGCCUCUGACUGGAGUUUUUACCACAGAGGAAGUUCCAGCCCAGCAAUACUUAGAAAUUGAUGAGGUGACGACAGACAGUUUUAGGGUGACCUGGCAUCCCCUCUCAGCUGAUGAAGGGCUACACAAAUUGAUGUGGAUUCCAGUCUAUGGAGGGAAGACUGAGGAGGUUGCCUUAAAAGAAGAGCAGGAUUCAUAUGUUAUUGAAGGCCUGGAGCCCGGUACGGAGUAUGAAGUUUCACUAUUGGCCGUACUUGAUGAUGGAAGUGAGAGUGAGGUGGUGACUGCUGUUGGGACCACACUUGAUAGUGUUUGGACAGAACCAGCUACAACCGUAGUGCCUACCACACCUGUGACUUCAGUUUUCCAGAUGGGAAUCAGAAACCUUGUUAUAGGUGAUGAAACCACUUCUAGCCUGCGGGUAAAAUGGGACAUUUCUGACAGCGAUGUGCAGCAGUUUAGGGUGACCUACCUGACAGCUCAAGGGGACCCCGAGGAAGAAGUGGUAGGAACGGUUAUGGUGCCUGGAAGCCAGAACAAUCUCCUUCUGAAGUCUCUGCUUCCUGAUACUGAAUACAAAGUCACAGUGACUCCCAUCUACACAGAUGAAGAAGGCGUUAGUGUCUCUGCCCCUGGAAAAACCUUGCCAUCCUCGGGGCCCCAGAACUUGCGGGUGUCUGAGGAAUGGUAUAACCGGUUACGCAUUACGUGGGACCCCCCGUCUUCCCCGGUGAAAGGCUACAGAAUUGUCUACAAACCUGUCAGUGUUCCUGGCCCAACACUGGAAACGUUUGUGGGAGCUGACAUUAACACCAUUCUUAUCACAAAUCUCCUCAGCGGAAUGGACUACAAUGUGAAGAUAUUUGCCUCCCAGUCCUCAGGCUUCAGUGAUGCCCUGACAGGCAUGGUGAAAACAUUGUUCUUGGGUGUUACCAAUCUCCAGGCCAGACACGUUGAAAUGACCAGCUUGUGUGCUCACUGGCAGGUCCAUCGCCAUGCCACGGCCUACAGGGUCGUUAUAGAAUCCCUCCAGGAUACACAAAAGCAAGAAUCCACUGUGGGUGGAGGGACAACCAGGCAUUGCUUCUAUGGACUUCAGCCUGAUUCUGAAUAUAAAAUCAGUGUUUAUACAAAGCUCCAGGAGAUUGAAGGACCUAGUGUGAGCAUAAUGGAAAAAACACAAUCUCUUCCUACACAACCACCAACUUUUCCUCCAACCAUUCCACCAGCAAAAGAAGUAUGUAAGGCGGCCAAGGCUGACCUGGUAUUUAUGGUGGAUGGAUCCUGGAGCAUUGGAGAUGACAAUUUCAAUAAGAUCAUCAACUUUCUGUAUAGCACUGUUGGAGCCCUGAACAAGAUUGGCACAGAUGGAACCCAAGUUGCAAUGGUUCAGUUCACUGAUGACCCCAGAACAGAAUUUAAACUAAAUGCUUACAAAACCAAAGAGACUCUUCUUGAUGCAAUUAAACGCAUUUCAUACAAAGGAGGAAAUACAAAAACAGGAAAAGCAAUUAAGUAUGUUCGAGAUACCUUGUUCACUGCAGAGUCAGGUACAAGAAGGGGCAUCCCAAAGCUUAUUGUGGUUAUAACUGAUGGAAGAUCACAAGAUGAUGUGAACAAAAUCUCCAAGGAGAUGCAAUCAGAUGGCUAUAGCAUUUUUGCAAUUGGUGUGGCAGAUGCAGACUACUCAGAGUUGGUUAGCAUUGGCAGUAAGCCCAGCGCACGCCAUGUCUUCUUUGUGGAUGACUUUGACGCCUUUAAGAAAAUUGAAGAUGAGUUAAUUACUUUUGUCUGCGAAACUGCAUCAGCAACCUGUCCAAUGGUACACAAGGAUGGCGUUGAUCUUGCAGGAUUUAAAAUGAUGGAAAUGUUUGGUUUGGUUGAAAAAGAUUUUUCAUCAGUGGAAGGGGUUUCUAUGGAGCCUGGUACCUUCAAUGUGUUUCCAUGUUACCAACUCCAUAAAGAUGCCCUGGUUUCCCAGCCAACCAGGUACUUGCACCCAGAAGGAUUGCCCUCCGACUACACAAUCAGUUUUCUAUUCCGGAUUCUUCCUGACACUCCACAGGAGCCAUUUGCUCUUUGGGAGAUUUUAAAUAAAAAUUUUGACCCAUUGGUUGGGGUUAUUUUAGACAAUGGUGGGAAAACUCUAACAUAUUUCAACUAUGACCAGAGUGGGGAUUUUCAAACUGUUACUUUCGAAGGACCGGAAAUUAGGAAAAUUUUCUAUGGAAGCUUUCACAAGCUACACAUUGUUGUCAGUAAGACUUUGGUCGAAAUGGUUAUUGACUGCAAGCAAGUGGGUGAGAAGGCAAUAAACACAUCUGCUAAUAUCACAUCAGAUGGUGUAGAAGUACUAGGGAAAAUGGUUCGAUCAAGAGGACCAGGUGGAAACUCUGCCCCGUUCCAGUUACAGAUGUUUGAUAUUGUUUGUUCCACGUCAUGGGCCAAUACAGACAAAUGCUGUGAACUUCCAGGCUUGAGAGAUGAUGAGUCUUGUCCAGAUCUUCCACAUUCCUGCUCCUGUUCUGAAACUAAUGAAGUAGCUCUGGGACCAGCAGGCCCACCAGGUGGUCCAGGACUCCGAGGACCAAAGGGCCAGCAAGGUGAACCAGGUCCAAAGGGACCAGAUGGCCCUCGGGGUGAAAUUGGCCUUCCGGGACCUCAAGGUCCACCUGGACCCCAAGGACCAAGUGGUCUGUCCAUUCAAGGAAUGCCUGGAAUGCCAGGAGAAAAAGGAGAGAAGGGAGAUACUGGCCUUCCUGGUCCCCAGGGUAUCCCGGGAGGCGUUGGUUCACCAGGACGUGACGGCUCACCAGGCCAGAGGGGCCUCCCAGGAAAGGAUGGCUCCUCAGGACCUCCAGGACCACCGGGGCCAAUAGGCAUUCCUGGGGCCCCUGGAGUCCCUGGCAUCACAGGAAGCAUGGGACCGCAAGGCGCCCUGGGACCACCCGGUGUCCCUGGAGCGAAGGGGGAGCGAGGAGAACGGGGUGACCUGCAGUCUCAAGCCAUGGUGAGAUCAGUGGCACGUCAAGUAUGUGAACAGCUCAUCCAGAGUCACAUGGCCAGGUACACUGCCAUCCUCAACCAGAUUCCCAGCCACUCCUCCUCCACCCGGACCGUCCAAGGGCCUCCUGGGGAGCCUGGGAGACCAGGUGCACCUGGAGCCCCUGGUGAACAAGGACCCCCAGGCACACCAGGCUUCCCCGGAAAUGCAGGCCUGCCAGGGACCCCAGGAGAACGAGGUCUAACUGGUAUCAAGGGAGAAAAAGGAAAUCCAGGCAUUGGAACCCAAGGUCCAAGAGGUCCCCCUGGACCAGCAGGACCUUCAGGGGAGAGUCGGCCUGGCAGCCCUGGGCCCCCUGGCUCUCCUGGACCAAGAGGCCCACCCGGUCAUCUGGGGGUUCCUGGACCCCAAGGUCCUUCUGGCCAGCCUGGAUAUUGUGAUCCCUCUUCAUGUUCUGCCUAUGGUGUGGGAGCUCCCCAUCCAGAUCAGCCUGAGUUCACCCCUGUCCAAGAUGAGCUGGAAGCUAUGGAACUGUGGGGCCCUGGAGUCUGAUAGCCUCAGAGGAAAUUUGAAGACCACUGCAAGAACUCUUAAGGAAACUUGUUUGAGAAAAUAUUGUUAUGUGGUUUGUAUGCUACUUUGGGGGGAUGGGGCUCACUUCAGCAGCCUAAAUCUCCUCCUUGGAUAAUGUUAAUAUUAUUGUUGUUAUUAUUAACAAAAAAAUAUAUUUUUUAAAAGUCCCCUUAAUCUAUGACUUGGUAGAAGUAAUUUCCUUUUGGUGUUUUAAUGGUAUGUCAGAUAAUUUGUUUUUCUAGAGAAAAAUGCUCAAAGAGGAAUUAGGAAAAAUAAAUUGAACUCUGGAAUCUUCUCUCUCAAGUCCUAAAAUGAACAGAUAUGAUUGUGUUUGAAGGAAAUAUGGCCCUGGCAGGAAAAGAAUUCAAAGAGGUUCAGAGAUGAUACCAUAUACUCCUACUCCCUGUAGGAAUAACCUUGCUGAUUAAAAAAAAAAAAAAAGGAACAUUAUUGGAGAAACUACCUCUUGUUUAAUUGAUCUGUCCAACUCUGAGAUCACUUGGCAACCAGUUUCAUGGGUAUCCAAAAAUAAGCAUUUGGAUGUAACCUUUCUGAAUUUGGUAGUUUUAAAAAUAGAUUUAGUUCCUCAGUGGUUUUAACUCACGUGAAAUAAUGACUUUCCACCAGCUCUAAUGUAAGAGAUACAAUUUUGAUGAUCAAUUUAUCCAGCAGUGCGUUCCAGGGGUUGCCUCUCCUUAUCUACAGGGAUUACUCUGUACAUGCAGAUAAGUUUUUGCAAACCUAUUUUCAUUUUCUUUUGUAAGCAAAUAAAACUUUAAAACAA